UCCUCCUAGGACUUGAGAGAGACCUAGAAAUUGAUGGCAAUGAUAUGGCUUUCGGCUCCCUCGACACACACGGCUAGUGGGUCCUGCAGCCCCUCCCCACCAUGGAGUAUAUCCUCUUUGUGCUGUACUUCUCCUUUUUCCUCUGUCUCUGCGCCCUGGUGUGCCUCUACUUUUCUGGCUGCCAGGAGAUGACCUAUAAGCAUGACGGUGAGUGGCCAGCUUUGGGGGAUAGGUUGUGGCCAUGUGAAAGUAAGUGGCUAUGAUCGGGGAGCUCCUUCCUGUGACCACGAUUGUUGGGAAUGACACAGAUGAGGAGAGAGGAGGCUGAGAGAGGCUGGAGUCAGUUGAAGGGUUGUUUAUUUGGGGGGUGCCUCGCCUUUUCCUCUCCAUCCCAUGUGAUCU